AUGGCUACAAAAAUACACCACCUUCCUAUGAAAUCCGUUUUCCUUCUCUAUUUUUUGUGCUUGUGGACUAGUCCUCAUGCUGCAGAAAGAGAUAGUCUCAAACCGGGUGACACCCUCAAUUCCUCAAGUUCUCUAGUUUCUGCAUCAAGGAGGUUCGCUUUGCGGUUUUCUCAGCUAGGCAAUGACAAAAGUACCAACGUCAACAACUUAUUAUUAGGUAUAUCGGACUGUGCUUCCGAGUUAAUAGUAUGGCACGCAGGCAACAAUAAUAUCGCCAGGAAUUCCAGCGUUCUUACCUUGGACAACGAGGGAACAUUGAAAGUUAUAACACGCCAAGGUGGGGUUCCUAUGGUGCUAUAUAAUUCUUCCACUCAACCUACCAAUAACACUAUUGCUACUCUAUUGGAUUCGGGCAAUUUUAUCUUGAAAGAAUUGCACUCCAAUGGAUCUACAAUGCGUCUGUUAUGGCAAAGUUUUGAUCAUCCUAGCGACACAUUUCUACCAGAGAUGAAGUUAGGUGUCAACCACAAGACUGGCAAAACUUGGUCACUCGCAUCAUGGUUAGCUGACUACAUCCCAACUCCCGGGCCUUUUAGUCUUGAAUGGGAUCCUAAGGGACGCGAAUUGAUCAUUCGGCGAAGAGGGGUUAUUUAUUGGAAAAGUGGAUACAGAUUUCAGAAUCUUUUACCGGAUGCAACAUCCAUAUAUGAGUUCAAAGUGGUUUCAAAUGGGGAAGAAGAAUACUUCUCUUUCAGUGAUAAAAAUCAAAGUCAGCAGUCAGAAUUAAUACUAACAACUACAGGGCAAUUGAAGGUUAUCAAAGGACCCAUUAUUGCCCGAGCUGAUAUUUGCUAUGGCUAUAACACUAAUGGAGGAUGCCAGAAAUGGAGGCAGCCAGAGUGUAGGGAUGGUGAGGAACUUGAUUUUAGUUCUGGGUAUUUCAUUAAAAAUGAAGAUCAUUCAACCAAAAUUGCAAAUGCGAGUCUUAGCAUCAGUGAUUGCAGAGCAGAUUGCUGGAACAACUGUAGUUGUGUGGCUUAUUCUUCUCUAUCUGAUAAUGCCACAGGAUGCCAAUUCUGGACAGAAAUGUCGUGGUUCAUUCCGGGAUACUCAAGGGAUCUUUUUGUUCUAAAACCAAAGACUUCUGAGAGUCGUUCUCACGAUGGAACAAAGAAUUGGAGAUGGAUUUCAAUUGCCAUAGCUGAUGCCGUAAUUGUGGGUUUUUUCUGCAUGUUGUGUUAUCUACUAAUACGGAGAAAACUUGUACUUCGAGAGAAAAAGAAGUUUGAAGAUGAGAAUGAAAUACUUGCUUUAGUGAGGUUGAAUACAUCUACAAAUGACAUUGAGAUUCCAAAUGAUGGAAAGAAUGGGCAUGAUUUCAAUAUAAUUAGCUACACAAGUGUCAUAUCUGCAACAAACAACUUCUCAUUAGAAAAAAAGCUUGGAGAGGGGGGCUUUGGACCUGUUUAUAAGGGAAAACUACCAACAGGACAAAAAAUAGCUGUAAAGCGAUUAGGAAGGAACUCACGACAAGGAAUACUUGAGUUUAAGAAUGAGUUGAUACUCAUAUCUAAACUUCAACACAUGAAUCUUGUUAAACUUAUUGGUUGUUGCAUUCAUGGAGAAGAUAUGAUGUUAAUUUAUGAAUAUAUGCACAACAAAAGCUUAGACUAUUUUUUAUUUGAUUCGAAUAGGAGCAAGCUACUAGAUUGGAAAAAACGCUUCAACAUAAUUGAAGGAAUUGCUCAAGGAUUACUUUACCUCCAUAAAUACUCAAGGUUGAAAGUAAUUCAUAGAGAUUUAAAAGCUAGUAACAUACUACUAGACAAAAAUAUGGACCCCAAAAUUUCUGAUUUUGGCAUGGCUAGAAUUUUUAAUCCACAUGAAUCGGAAGAAAAUACAAAUAGAAUUGUUGGAACAUAUGGCUACAUGUCACCUGAAUAUGUUACGGAAGGCAUUUUUUCUACAAAAUCUGAUGUCUAUAGCUUUGGAGUCUUAAUGCUUGAAAUUGUGAGUGGUAAAAAAAAUAAAAACCUCUACCGCACUGACCAUGUGCUCAAUCUAGUAGGACAUGCAUGUGAUUUAUGGCAAGAAGUUCAAGGGUUGGAAUUAGUUGAUCCAACAAUAAGGGGUUCCUGUGUCAACUAUACGGUGUUGAGAUGCAUCCAUAUUGGUCUCCUAUGCACAGAAAUUAGUGCAAUUAAUCGGCCCACCAUGCUAGAUGUGUUAUCUAUGCUGACAAGUGAAAGUACACAAUUGCCUUUGCCCAAAAAACCAGCAUUUACCUUUGGAGUUAAUGGAGUAGUAGGGGAAAAUAUUCUUGAUAAAGAACCAAAUGCUUAUUCAGUGAAUAACUCAACCAGUUCCAUUAUGUGUGGACGAUAG